AUGGAAGAGCAGAGUGAUGGCGACUCCGCAUUAAGUUUGGCCAGCCUCGUCAAGCAACACCCGGAUCUCACACCACUCGUCGCCGAUAUUCUUGACGUUUGCAGGCAAGACAAUGAUAAAGCCUACGAAAUGCUUUGCGAAAUGGUCAUCCCUUCGGAACCCGCACAGAACAACCAAGGUUCUGCCGCCUUUGCAUAUUCCUCGCCAUUAAAACCAACGCAAACUGUAAGCGCUGAGCAAGUCGAAGAACGCCCUGAGUACACCUCGAUAUUUCAAUCUUCAUAUUCUCAAAUCUCCUUUGAAUCCCCUUCCGAUGCGCCUGCGCCAAAGUCUUCAUUGGAUGACUCUUCAUCUAAAGACAACGCUUUACCUGAAAACAACACGUCGUUUAAAAACACUCUGUCGUUUCAGCAUUCACCCCGCGCUUCCUCGCAACCAAUGCUACAAGGGGCCUGGGCCCAGAAGUCUAUGGGUCGCACAUUUCGUGUCGACGACCUAUGCGAUAAAUACGAAUGGAUUUCUCGCAAUGCCGUAGAAGGUCUACUUGACAAGUAUGACGACUGUCUUGAAUUGGUGGAAACGGACAUUCUGGAAAUGUUCCCGAUUGACGAGCCACAAGCAUUCGGAGGCGGCCACAACAUGAACGACAACAAACAUGGGCCCAUGUCACAAAGCAAAACGUAUGCACAAAAUGCCACUGCAAAGCGCGGCACCCCCGACAGGCGUCAACUACGCCAGAAGGCAAUUGCUGAUUCCCUGAGACAACAGGCCAUAGACCAAAUUCAACAAGAUUCUCAAAUUAGUCAAUCGAUAUCUGUAUCAUCCAGUGGAAUGAAUAGCCUCAGGGCCGAGCUGUGGGAUACCCGCGUGAAUCGCAUGCAAUGGCAGCAACUGGCAAAUCAAACACGGAAGCCUUCUCACAUAGCCAACGCGAAAGCUCAAGACGCAGAAUUACAGCGAUUGUCCACUGAUCUCCUGCACAGAAUGCGUAAGUCUGAAGAGUACAAAAAGGGAGUCAUAGAUCUGCACGGUUUAACCAAAGAAGAAGCGCUUCAACUGGUGGAGUGGAAACUGCGCGACAGCGGGCGACGUCGUUUCAAGCUGAUCACUGGCAAAGGAACCCACAGCCACAAUGGUCAUGCAGUGCUUCGACCAGCUCUCGAAAGGUACUUUCGGACCAAGGGAAUAACAGUCUCAGUAGUGGGUGACGACAUAUUGCAAAUUGUACCAUAG